CAGUGGAUUUAUAAUACUUGGUUGGAGAUUCGAGACUUGAUAGCUGAAAUUUGAGAUUGGAGACGAGAUGUAAUAUUUGAGAAUCGACUAUGAAUUUGGGCCUAAAUCUCUGUUUACUAUUUUCACACAAAUUGUCAAUUUACCUGAUGGUCCGCCAGUCGCUGUGUAACACCAAAUCACACAAAAUCAAUUAACUGCCGAAUAGUGUGAGGUUUCGACGAAAAAUGGAUAUCGGCGAACUGUUGUCUUACAAACCUCCGAAUACACCGAAAAGACCGACGGCAGGGGAAGAGGACGACGAGGACGAGUGGGAGAGUACGAGGAGGCCGAAGAAAGUGAUCAAAACUCCGUACCAUGCACGUCAACGUCAGCCGAGAGAAGUCGAGGUGAUGUCACCCAGAAAUAGCGAACCUCCGACCCCCGUAAGAAACGCUGUACCCACUUCGACUCACGAUGUGAUAGAACCGCAAUUAACGGAAAAGGAGAAGCAAGAUAUCUUGAAGUACGUAGAAACCGAAGCUCCCGAGGUCGAGGCACUGGAUGAGGCAACGCUCAAACGCAUGAUUCUUCUGUUCGAGAAGAGAGCUCUUAGAAAUCAAGAGAUGAGAGUUAAGUUUCCAGAUCAACCUGAAAAAUUUAUGGAAUCCGAGGUCGAAUUACAUGAAACUCUCCAAGAACUUCAUAUAAUAGCAACUAAUCCAGAUCUGUAUCAACUGAUGGUAGAACUGGGCGCUGUGCCUUCCUUGCUUGAAUUAUUGUCUCAUGAAAAUACAGACAUUGCGGUUGGCGUGGUGGAUCUCUUGCAAGAAUUGACUGACGUCGAUAUAUUACAUGAGAGUCAAGAAGGUGCGGACACACUCAUAGAUGCUUUGUUAGAACAACAGGUUUGUGCUCUUCUAGUACAAAAUCUCGAGAGGCUCGAUGAAGCGGUGAAAGAAGAAAGUGACGGCGUUUACAAUACUCUUGCUAUUUUUGAAAAUCUAUUAGAGUUCAGGCCAGAUUUGUGUGCCGAUGCUGGGAAACAAGGUUUGAUGCAAUGGUUGUUACGUCGAAUCAAAACAAAAGCACCUUUCGAUGCCAACAAACUUUACGCCAGCGAACUUCUAUCGAUACUUUUGCAACAUACGCCAGAAAAUAGACUUCUCUUAGGUGACUUAGAUGGUAUUGACGUUUUGUUACAACAAUUAGCUUAUUACAAGAGACACGAUCCACAGACCGCAGAGGAACAAGAGAUGAUGGAAAAUUUGUUUAACGUUUUAUGUUCAAGUUUAAUGGCCACUGUAAAUCGCGAUAGAUUCUUGCGCGGUGAAGGACUUCAACUUAUGAAUUUGAUGUUACGGGAGAAAAAAAUGUCACGUAAUGGAUCUCUCAAGGUUUUGAAUCACGCUAUGAAUGGUCCAGAUGGAAAAGACAAUUGCAGCAAAUUUGUAGAUAUUCUUGGGUUACGAACAAUAUUUCCUUUAUUUAUGAAAACUCCGACAAAAAAUAGGAAAAAAAUGCUCACAGCCGAGGAACACGAAGAACACGUGAUUUCAAUCAUAGCGAGUAUGUUGAGAAACUGCAAAGGGCAACAGCGACAAAGACUUCUCAGUAAAUUUACAGAAAAUGAUUACGAGAAGAUAGAUCGAUUAAUGGAGUUACAUUUUAAAUAUCUUGAAAAAGUAGAAGAAGUAGAAAGGAAUGGAAAGGACGACGAAGACGAAGAAGAAUCCUAUUUGAGAAGAUUAGAUGGCGGUUUAUUUAUAUUACAGUUAGUAGAUUAUGUACUUUUAGAAGCUUGCACCGGGUGUCCGCCUGCGGUUAAACAGCGAGUUACGAGAAUUUUGGCGCAGAGAAGAGCGUCUCUUAAAACAAUUCGACAUAUUAUGAGAGAAUACGCCGGUAAUUUGGGAGACGCUGGUGACGCAGAGUGGAAAGAAGCAGAGCAACAACACAUCUUGCAAUUAAUCGAUAAGUUUUAACAUAUACUUUUUACAAACACGUAAAAAAACUUAUAAAGUCUGAAAACAAUUGUAAUAAU